UACCAAGAGCGGUAACCCCGAGCUACACUUGGGCUUACCAUGCGGCGUUGCUCUGGGGGUCCCUGCAGCACUUACCUUGUCCUUCGCUCCCACGAUGUGUCCCCUGCAGCGUCCCCGGCCAUCUCCUCCGGCCGAUGCCGGCAUCCGGCUUCCGUGUUCCGGUCCCUGUGACGUCGGGACGUACGGGCGCCAGAACUGGCAGCAAAUUUGAAAUUUUUGAAAAAUUUCAUUUUUUUUAAAAUGAUUAUUUUGUCAAUACUGCUUUGUCCUGCGCCCUGCCUGCAUUUUGACUGUUUUCUG